AUGCUGCGCCAACAUUCUAGGUCGGGCUUCUUCUCCUCGGCUUGCCAUCGGCCUGAUUGGCUGUCUUGCCUCUUGAGUGGAACGCCACCAGCAAUCGGGAUGCCCGGAGGUUCUCCAGCCGGUCGACCUCCAGUCGCUCUCGCGCCAACUCCGCCCUCAUUUCCACCCACCCAGUCUGAAAACUGGCCCUCCAAAGGUGUACAAGCUGACGCUCAGACAGACGGACACAGACAGGCAGUUCAACCAAAUCACUACUCGGUCAUUCAUCUCAGAGCGGGAUGCGCCAGAUACACCAACGUCAACACCGUUGACUCUGCCAUGGAGGUGGUUACGCCAUCGGCUUCACUGGUCCCCCAGCAUUCCGCCAAGCCAAUUACUCCUCCAUUCUGCUGA